AGACAGACGCGUGGGCGGCUGGCAGAGGGAGGGAAGGACCCGCAGAGAGGAAAGAGAAACUGGGCGAGCGAGGAAGAGGGAAAGUGAGAAGGGGAAUCCGGGAGAGGAGGAAACAGCGGUCGUGGAGGGCCACGGAGAGAAAGAGAAAGAGAUUGUAAGGGAGAGGGAGAGACGGGGCGAGCCAGCGAGGGAGAGAGAGAGAGAGAGAAAAGGGGAUGGAGACUUAAAGACGAGAACUCCGUGGGUCCCAGAGAAAGAACUGGACAGAAACAAGAAAGACUGGGAGAGAAAGUGGUAUGCGGGGUGGGGGUGCUGCAGAGGAGAGAAGGAGCGAGGGAGAGACGGGGAGAGACGGGGAGAGACGAGAGAUUCGAGAGCCAGAGACGCGGAGACAGAAGGUGAGACUGGAGAGAGAGAGAGACAGGGUAAGAGGAAGAGAGAUCGUCUGAGGAAGAGACACCAUCAGAGACAAAGAGACAAAAAGGGUGUGGAUGAGCAGGUGAGAGCGGAGGGCUAUGAGAGGCCGCCCCUGAGAGGCGGCCGAGGAGGGGGACUGGGGCUGGAUGUCCCAGCACCCACCCUGCCCUCGUGUGCUCUCUGCCCUCCGGACCCCAGAGCUGCCCCCAAUGGAGGACGGUAGACCUCGGAGCAGCCUCAGCCUAGCCAGCAGCGCCUCGACCAUCUCCUCGCUCGGUGGCCUGAGCACCAAGAAGUCCACCCGGGCAGUGAGCAAGGUGCACGCCUUCGGCAAGCGGGGCAAUGCGCUCAGAAGGGACCCCAACCUCCCUGUGCACAUCCGAGGCUGGCUUCAUAAACAGGACAGCUCCGGGCUCCGGCUCUGGAAACGCCGCUGGUUCGUCCUCUCUGGCCAUUGCCUCUUCUAUUACAAGGACAGCCGCGAGGAGAGCGUCCUGGGAAGCGUCCUGCUGCCCAGCUACAGUAUCAGGCCAGAUGGGCCAGGAGCUCCCCGAGGGCGGCGCUUCACCUUCACCGCAGAGCACCCGGGCAUGAGGACCUACGUUCUGGCUGCUGACACGCUAGAGGACCUGCGGGGCUGGUUACGCGCGCUGGGACGGGCCUCUCGCGCGGAGGGGGACGAUUGUGGGCAGCAGAGGUCAUCUGCACGGCCCCAGACUGGGGAGGGCCCAGGCGGCCCCGGUGGUCCUCCAGAAGUGAACAGGGGCGUGGAAGAGGGGCGCGGCUCAGAAUCACCAGAGGUGGCGCGGCUCUCCAGAGGUCGUGGCCGACCCGGGCUGCUCACUCCCAGCCCCACGGCUGACCUGCAGUCUGGACCCCGAAUUCGGAGGACGAGGAGCCCAGACCUUUUCACACCCCUCUCUCGUCCUCCCUCGCCUCUGAGCCUCCCCCGGCCCCGUUCUGCUCCAGCACGCAGACCUCCGCCCUCCUCUGGAGACGCAGCACCUUCUGCCAGACCCCAUACCCCCCUGAGUCGCAUCGAUGUCCGGCCUCCCCUGGACUGGGGCCUCCAGCGCCAGACGCUCUCUAGGCCUCCCACUCCCCGCCGAGGACCCUCUUCUGAGGCUAGAGGAGGAAGGCCCCCCAGGAGUCCUCAGCACUGGAGUCAAGAGGCCAGAACACCGGCCCACUCUGGAACCUCCACAUAUCUCCAGCUCCCUCCAAGGCCUCCUGGGACCCGGGCUUCCAUGGUUUUAUUGCCAGGACCCCCUCUAGACUCAACCUUCCAUCAAAGCUUGGAGACAGAUACUCUGUUGACCAAGUUGUGCGGGCAGGACCGGCUCCUGAGGAGGCUGCAGGGGGAGAUAGAUCAGAGGCAGGAGGAGAAGGAGCAAUUAGAAGCAGCUCUGGAAUUGACCCGACAGCAGCUGGGCCAAGCAACCAGGGAAGCUGCAGCUCCUGGGAGGGCUUGGGGGCACCAGCGCCUCCUGCAGGACCGAUUAGUCAGUGUGAGGGCGACUCUCUGUCACCUGACCCAGGAGCGAGAGCGUGUUUGGGACACGUACAGCGGCCUGGAGCGGGAGCUGGGCACCUUGAGAGAGACCCUUGAGUACCUGCUGCACCUCGGGUCCCCCCAGGACAGAGCAUCUGCUCAGCAGCAACUGUGGAUGGUGGAAGACACGCUGGCAGGUCUGGGGGGCCCCCAGAAGCCACUUUCCAACACUGAGCCUGACUCCCCAUCCCCCGCUCUCCAAGGCGAGGAGUCCUCAGAGAGGGAGAGCCUGACGGAGUCCUUGGAACUGAGCUCAUCCCGGUCCCCUGAGGCUGAUUGGGGGAGGCCCCCAGGGGGCGACAGAGAGCUCUCCAGCCCUCGCUCAGGAAUUGGAUCUCCAAGGGUCUCCCGGGCUUCCAGCCCCGAGGGUCGCCGCCCCACUUCCCCUCAGCCAGGAACCAAGGUCCCCCUGGCCCGGCCCCGGAUGAGUGCUCAGGAGCAGUUGGAGAGAAUCCGAAGAAAUCAAGAAUAUGGACGGCCUCUCCCUCGCCCAGCCUCCCCCCGGCUCCUCACCCUGGGGAGGACGCUGUCCCCAACCAGACGCCAGCCUGAUGCGGAACAAAAAGUUUACUUGUACCUGUUUUCAAUUCAGCAUCCUGUCUCCCUUAUCAGUGGAGAACAGGAUGGGCCAGAGGCAACAUCUCCAUCCUCACCAGCAUUCUCACUCCUCUGGGAGGAGUGGGUUUUAGAGCUGGAUUGGAAGCCAAGUUUUCCUGUUCAGUUACUACGCUGUCAAAGGCAAAGAAAAAAAAUGUAUUUACUGCCAUGAAGAUCACACUGCCAAUCUGAAGAUCAGACUGUCUGGGCAGGAUGGUUUUUUCACUUGUUUUUUCAUUUUGGGCUGUGCCACUGCACAGCUUGUGGGAUUUUAGGGCUUGGGUUCAGUCCAUGUUUGAGGACUUGGCCGUGGGAGCGCGGAGCCCUGCCUGCUGGACCACCAGGGAAUUCCCCAUGGAUAGUUUCAUCUUAAGACUCUUCUAGGAAGGAAUUAGACAAGUGGGGUGAUUUUGGGGUUGUGAUUGUUUUUGUAAAUGGGGGGCAUCUCAAGUCUGCUGAAUAUCAAACAUUGAUCUCUAUGUCUAGCUAGUUUUUCGGGGGCAACAAGUUCAUUAAUCAUUUAUGACAAAAGGAAUGUGAAUUUGGAGGGUCUGUUUCUGGCCUCGUCACAGGGGGCUCAUCUGUGAAUCUUGUCGAUGAAAAUUCUAUUAAAAUCAAGUUAACAAGAAAAAA